UGUUACAAUGUUGUGAUGGUGUGUGUGGGUGUUGCAGCCCACGGCGCCACCUGGGAGGUGAGCGCCAUUAGCGUGGGCGACGCUGGCGCUGACUGGACCAGCCUGGCGGGACUCUACGGCCGUCUUACUGUCAGGGAUUCCAACCUGCUCAUCAAGGACACGCAUAAUGGCACCACGCGGGUGGAGUGGCCCUUGACUUCGAUCCAGAGAGUGUGUGUGGCCACGGGCGGAGAGCUUGAGGACGAAGGGAAGAUCUUCAUCGUGCAGACAAGACAGUGUCACCCGUGCGGCGAGGCCUGCCUCUACUUCUUUUCCCCGGAGCUGAGUUCCCUGCUGGAGGGUCUGCACGAAGCCGUGUCUGAGCUCAUCUCUGCCUCAGCCGCCGAUGACGUCUCCCUCAUCAGCGACCUCUCUGAGCUGUCCGGUGCGCUCAGUUCCGUCGUGGUGCUGCCUCCGCGCUUACCAGACCCGCCGAAAAUGCGCAAGUCGACCUCGGUGAUGGACCUGGCGCAGAUACACGAGUUACAGCCGCUGUGCAACGUUCACACGCCGCCGCGCCUCAGUAGCAGCCAGUGUAAUCUGGCUGAGGAGGUACGCGGAGAGCCUCCCAUGCCCGGCCGCAUGCUGGGACACAACCGUCGGCGCUCCAUGAGCGAGACCAAUCUUGCCAAACUUUGCCUUGACGAGACUGAUGAGGAGCUCGAGUCUCGAGAUGACGACCUCGAAGAUGCCGACCUCCGCCAGACAGAUCUACCCAAGGACCGCACGUCUUCCUCUGGUUCCUACAAUUCUUAUCGCUCAACAGAUUCUGGAGUGCGACUCUCUGCGUCGCCUUCCACGCACUGUGACGGUGGACGCUACAUGUCAGAGAACACGCCACGUCGAUUUGUUACCAAGUCUGAUUCCUUAGACUCUGGAGUCAGAACAUGUCUUAAAGAGGACGUACGUGACAUUACAAUAGAGGGAGAUGACAGCAGGAAGGUGGAUUCUCCGUGCACUGACGGGAAACAGGAAGGUCGACGGGGAAUGAGCGCACUAGAAGAGGAGCCUGAUGUGGAUACCAAAGUAGGAGCUUGGUGUUUGCAGAGUGCCCGUGCUAGAAAAUCUUUCUUUGCCAAGAAUCUCAACGUGACCUGCGCUGCACACAAGGAUAGAAAGAACAGGCAACUUAACAGGACGAUGUCAGAGUCCUAUAAGGAAGUUACGGAUAAGCCCGAGGACUACAGAAGAAUGUCAGAGCUUCCUACAAUGCCCACGAUCCCUAAAACGUGCACAGUAUAUGAAGAGAUUGUGGACGUGUUGAAACCCCUCAACACUGCUAACCAACAAGCCAAGGAACAUGACUAUGAAGAGCUUGAUAAGUGCCGCAGAGACAUCAAGAGAAGCUACAGCUUUCAGGAAAAGUCGAAACCACCGCCAUUACCACCAAGACGACCUAAGUCAUUCUCACCCGACCCCUGGGCUGAGGAAGCUCUCUCUAAAUCAGGAACUCUAAAGAAAAUAUUUGGCCUUUCGUUUCAGAGCAAAUCUCACUCAACGGAUAGCAUGCUCGAUGUAGAGACCUCGGGAUAUGAUGAUAUAACCACCUUAGGCAGUGCAGAUAUGGCACUGGUGCAAGCAAUUGGCACUCUACCUCGAGUUAGAAAGAAAAUUGGGCCAGAGCGUCAGACCAGUCGAUCUGCUUCCCCAAAGAUGUCACCAAAGCAAAAGGCAAGAUCGCUCUUUGGAGUAUCCCCAAGUAGAUCUCCCAUGAUACCUCGACCCAAAAACCUCUUUCUAUUCAAGGGUUCAAACAAAGAUGACAUACAAAUCUCGCCUCAUUCCAAGAUACCGUUUAGACUCCAGCGGCAAUUUUCUCUUCAGACUCAAAGGACUCCAAGUACCGACGGUUCACUAGCAGAUAUCUCUACACCAGACACGCCACAGCAACAGCAACAACAGCAGCAACCACCGUGUGGCCACAGACAGUACUGGCGACCAGAGACGCCUGGCACACAGGUUCCGGAUGCCCCGAGCGUCACUGAUGACUCUUGUGGAGCAAUGGCAGGCAAAGACUCCUAUGCUUUCCUAAAGUCUCCAAAGUUAAUGACAAAGACCUUUAGUUUUUUAAAGAAGUUUCCAAAAGAAAAAUCUGGUUCUUUAGAGAGACAGCGCAAGUCUGGCAUUAACUUCUUACCUCCUCAAGAACUGGUAACAAAGUUUCCCAACAGCUACUCCAUGGAUAGCUUUGCAGUGGAGAAAGGUUCACAAAGUUGUGGAACACCUGUCCGCGACACAGACGCUGACUGGGGUGAUGCAGACGUUGUCCCUGGCUGCCGCCUUCGCUCCAUGUCCUACCUACCACCCUCUUCCCCAGCCAUUAGAAUUCCAUUCCACUCCCACCAUGACUCUACCUCCACCACCCCAGCAGGGACUCCAACGGGCCUUUCCUUCAGUCCUCUUCGGAAGCUUAGUUCUCCUCAACCAUCGACGGAGCCUUUGUCGUGGAGAGAAGAAGGAGGGUGUUGGAAGGAAUGCGAGUCUCGACUUCUACCAAGUGGUCACCCACUGCCACCCCCUCGGGAGCCUCCCCCACCCCCCGCCCCUCAUGAGCCCCACUACGCUAACCUUCCCCACCACUCUCACGAUCCUGAUUACAUGUCCAUGGAAGAGGUUCGAGGCGCCUUCAGACGUAUUUCCAAUGCCUCUGUUGCCGAGAGCAGACGGGAUAGCGGCGGAUACUUGUCAAUGGGCGAGAUUCGGUCUUUUCAGAGGGCGUGUGAGACUACAGACUGCCCGGGGUGCAACAGUCAAGUGAGCAACAUUGCUCACCACGAGUGCCAGCCAGAGAGAGACCCUCACCCGGAGGACCACGAGUACAUGACUAUGGAUGACAUACAGUCGGUGCUGCACACAGAGUUCCCGGCGAUAUACUCAUCGUCAGACGAGAAGGAGAUGUACAAAGGGUGUGGGUUCAAGAGCGCACCAUCCAGUCGCAAGACCUCUUACUCGGAGGGCUCCGACUACCUGACUCCGCAGGAAGUGGGUCGCAUGAUCCGACGGGAAGUGCUGGCCAUACGGCGAGGCAGGGAAGCGGCAAGUGAGCACCCUCACCACCACCACACCCACCAGCAGCAGCAGCAACAGCAGCAGCACAUCUACGAGGCCCAUCACCACCAGCACGAGCCCCACCAUCACCAGCACGAAGUCAUCCACCACCACCCGCAGGACACUCCACAACACAAGCAAUACCACCACCACUAACCCCAGCAGUGGCUCCCACCCACAACUAGGACAUCAGCAACAUAGUCAAGAACAUCAGUACCUGGAUCAUUCCGAACUCCGCGUCUGGACUGACGCUGGGAUCCUGGAGGAAGAAGCAAAGCGCUCUGGAAUACCAAUCCUUUGGCCUUAGGAUCACCACGCUCACACUUAUGCAUCGUGUGCUUCUUUUUAUAUACAUAUAUAUAUAGUAUACUACAUAUGUAAUUUAUCCAUUCACCAUUAUGAUUAUCUGUGUUCUUCAUACCAACACACGUGUGAAUCUAGGGACUAAAAAACAAAAAAUAUCUGUACCAAUAUAUUAGAGUAUGUAAAUGUGCAGUAGCUGCUCUUUUCUCAUAUUCUGAAGACUUUCGACAUUACUGUCUGAAUCAUACAGCGAUGGUGCCAACAUUUUCCAGUGAUGGUUGCCAACAUUUUCCAGUGAUGGUGCCACCAUUUUCCAGUGGUGGUGCCACCAUUUUCCAGUGGUGGUGCCAACAUUUUCCAGUGAUGGUGCCACCAUUUUCCAGUGGUGGUGCCACCAUUUUCCAGCUGUGGUGCCAACAUUUUCCAGCUGUGGUGCCAACAUUUUCCAGUGAUGGUUGCCAGCAUUUUCCAGUGAUGGUGCCAACAUUUUCCAGUGAUGGUGCCAACAUUUUCCAGCUGUGGUGCCAGCAUUUUCCAGCUGUGGUGCCAACCUUUUCAGUGCCAAGACUCACACUCACACAUCUGUUUCCCAUGCUCAAGUUGUCAUAACUAGAAGAAACUGCAGUUCUAGACUCUGUGGCUAGUAGUCCUUGUUAGGGACGGAACUUUGUGUGUGUGUGUGUGUGUGUGUGUGUGUGUGUGUGUGUGUGUGUGUGUGUGUGUGUGUGUGUGUGUGUGUGUGUGUACACACCGACA